AUGAAAGAGCUCACAGGAGUGCAACGGGUUUAUGGUGACAUCAGGAUCAAGCCCUGUGGGCACUUGCGACAUGUAUUAGGAUCGCAUAUGAAUUGGAAGAGGCUGACAGCUGGAGACGAAUACACAGAAGAAUGUUUGCAAAUCCUUAUACAUUUUUCUCUAAAGUCCUCUUUUACACCGGGAUUCGAUCGCGACAUUUCGUUUUGA